AACUUGCCGCCGAACCCUGCAGCCAGCUCACUGCAUUCCACCGCUCCUCCCCUGAGAGCUGGCCUAGGCCACCUCCGUCCCACCACCCGCCGACCUCCUUGCCAUGUUCGGCCAAAGGAGAACCCGGGACUAGACAACAUCACUUCAGCCACCUGAGCUUCCCCCGCUGACCAGCAGCCACCCCAACCCAACCGAAACUCCCCACAAAGAAGGGGAGGAGCUCAAGAAGGGAGAGGGUGCUGACCGGCAACGAGGAAGACGACCCAUCACCGCCAGCUCCCUUUGCACCGCCGCUUCUCCCAUGAGCACCGACACCGGACCUGCAACGCCAAAUCUAGCUGACGCCCGAGGUCUCCAGCGCUACCACCGUCAGGCGUCCCAGUCGGCAGCGGUAGCCACGACCUGCUCGAGGUGCGUUGCCGCUGAUGCCACCGGCUGCGGCAGCCUCGGGGCGUCCCGCCACCGGCCAUGGCGGCCGCGAGCUGCUGCCCCGCGGUCUGCUCUGGCCAGAUCCACCUUCCGCGGUGUCCGCGCCGACGCCACCCCCGCCGUCCAGCUUCCUGGCCGCCGCGAUGGCGCCGACGCCAGCGAAACCACCUCCACAGACGCUCUGCCGCCAAGCCCUCAUGGCCGUGCCGUCCCCGGGCCGCCGUGCCAUCGCCAUCAUGUCAUCGCGCCGCCGCAGUGGCCGGACCCGUACCGGCCAGAUCUGACCUCAGAGGCGCGGGAUCCGCCGCCUCCCCACACCGCCCCGCCAUCUCCACCUCCGGCCACUGAGGUCGCUGUCGUCGGCUACGCCCCAUCCUCCCUACGCUGAGUUGGGGGCCUCCGAGCUUGAAUGGCCUCACCGCCGCCUUUCCGGCUCGCCACCGGCGGCUAGGGUUUUUGCCCCCCGAGCCGCCGGCACGAGAGCAACGCGGGGGUCUCGUUCUGCAUUGAACUUUUGCUCUAGUCCCAUUUUGUUUAGUGUGAUGUUCACCGGCCCCAACAACAAAUCCGAUUACCAAUUGUUCUUCCGGACAAGAGGUGCUUUCAGAUCCCUUGGCGGCAACGGACUGAUCGUGAUCGUAUACUUUUGGGGUGCAACGCUGAGCAUUCGUGCUUCGAACUUGCAUUACGUGCCACGUAUAGUGCUUAUAAUCACGGUAAUGGUUCUACUUGUUGUUGGCCAGAUUCUAUUUCGAUUAGGUCGAAAACCACGUACCUGUAACUGGUGGCCACGCCGUGCGAUCUCCCUAUGGAGCCCCGUGGUGGCUAUCCUGUUGCUGGCUUUCGCAGUGCUUCGAUAUUAUGAUGGUGCAAUAAUCAUGUGGAUGGCGUAUGGAGUUCUAGUUGUGGCUGUGAUCCUAGCAACAGUAGGCAGGCUGCGGUUCCCAAUCAUCAUCAACCUUGUACACAGUGCACUGGGCAGCAGACACGUAUUUUGGCGUCGGAUUUUUCUAAACUCGUGUAUGCUUGCUGCAAUAGUGAUGCCGCUUUUCGUGGAUGAUCCAGACCUUCGAAAGGCGAUGGUCGCGGUCGAUAUAUGUGCUGUGCCAAUACUGUCACUUGGCAACUUCCAGAUUCCAGCAGCACUCGUGCGUGUCAUGCUCGCGGGUUUGCGCCUUGGUGAAGAGAGCUAUAACGGUGAAGGUGACACAGCAAACCUUUUCACAUCUCUACAAAUCUUCUAUGGAAUGGUGUUUGCCCAAGGACUGCUUUACGUUUUUGCCGGCAUGGUGGAGUUUCUCUUCUCGUUCAUCACUCGGAGAUCCCUCGUCCGCCAUGGUGGACUUACAGGUCAGUGGGGGGUGGAAUCUGUCGAUCUGUACUACGAAUACGCCUUCAGCAAAUACAUGAAAGGAGGCCUGUUUGCUCCAGAGAGGAUCAGCCUCAGUAACUUCGCCAUUGAUUCUCUGAAUUCUGACCUGUCCAAGAAUCAGCUAUACGGGGUCUGGAUGAUGCACAUUUUUCUGCAAAGACACCCAACAAGGGAACAACUCCUGGAGAAGCUCAACACUUCAGCGCAGACAAUGGCCAGGUUGAUCAGCAUGUUGGACUGGACAAGGAGAAACGAACAUCCAACUAUCAGGUUGUAUGCUGCGAAGGUUGUUGCAGAGCUCGCAAAGAGCCUUCGAGUUGUAAUCGUCCCUGGGGCGAUGCAGCUAGUAUCUACGCUUCUGGAUACUGAUGGCAAACCGGAAAAAGGACACCCACUUCUGGAUGCAGAUGAUUACCAAGAUCCUUUUGUUGAUACAACAGUAAAACAAGAGAAAAGACAGGAUGCAACUGGCCAUCACCAAGGCAAAACACAAGAGACACUUGGGGACACUGAUAGGCUGUUGGAAACACCGAACAGAUCAACACGCACCAACGCCCAAACAUCCAUAUUACGAUGUUGGCGGAAAAUAUCAGCAUACUGGUCAAUUCCCAAGGAGCAGCCGUUGACAGACAACGAUCUUCUCCCUGCAUUGGGCAUGUCAAUAGUUUACAACCUUGUUGGUUGUGAUCAAAAUAACCUUUUGGAAAUCGAUAGAGUAACUGACCUGAUCCCUAAAAUCACUGGAUUCACAAGCUUCAGAAGUGCAAUCAUGAAUUCUGAAUCACAACAGAAGGUUCUCUUAAAGUCAUCACUGAAGGUGCUGCAGAGACUCACAAGAAUUGAAGGGGAAAUUGGCAUAACGCUGCGGUACAAGAUAUCAAAACAUCCCUUCUUAUUCAGAAACCUUGCGGAGAUCUUGGGAGACAGCAGCAGCAAUCAGGAAUUAAGGAAGCUCGUGGCAGGAAUCCUCAGAAACCUUGCCAUUGACAGAGACACAAGGCAGGAGAUUGGACAAAUGCAAAUGCUCAUUACCAUGCUGAUGAAGGCAUUCCUCGAUUCUAGCAGAUCAUUUAGUUCAAAUGUUGAUUGCUUGUUGCCAAAGGUCGCCGGGCAAGCACUGGUAAUGCUGUCAUCAGAAAAUCCACAUAACUGCUUCGUUAUGUUGAAGGAACCAGAUUUCAUUAAUAAACUAAAAAAUAUGAUCCUAAUCCAUGAUGAUAAAUACAUAUAUGUGGCAGUGAGUCUGUUGCGUAAUAUGUGCCUGCACGCUCAACCCGAGCUCACGGAAUCAGACCUAAAGGAACUAUCUCAUACCUUGGGAGAGGUGUUGGAACGAAUAAUGGACGCUGAAGGGGCAGAACUAGAAAUCCUCAUUGGCCUUAGUUCACAGAUAUGCAAACUCAUUCCUGAAGAAUUUUCCCAAGAGCUAGAGCAUGGACAGAUUAAGCGGAGAUUCAUUAAGAGGCUAGUGGACACACUGAAUGCAAACAUGAACCCAAGUUCUCAUUGCCCUGGGAUCCGGAGGGUGGUACUUGAGCAAUCCAUAUACAUGAUGGAGUACAAUUCUCACUAUGCCAAUUGUUUCAAUGAAUACCAGAUGAUGGACGCACUGUCAAUUGUAGAAUUGACGCCCUCAAGGGCUGAGAAUUACAUGGUUUUCUUGGGUGACACAGGUUUCAUGGAAUGUAACACACCUCUCUCUGCCCUAGCGGACAGGGCAAAAGAACUGAUGGGUCGUCAGUGGCUGCAAGGCAUCAACAGUGCCAACUGAAAAAAAAUAAAAUGAUUUUGCAUAUAUACAGUCAGAAUACCUUGCAUAUUGUUAGUGCAGGGUAGACAAAGUGAUUCUGCAUUUACAGUCAGAAGACAACGCAUGUUGCUAGAAAGAACAUAUAUUUACCUUUAAGAUGAGCAAAGGGUAUUGUAUCUGUACCUCAUUAAUCUUGCACUGUAAUCUGUGUGCUAUUGAUGAUUUAUCCAAUUAUCAUUUGUUGGAGUGGCCAUAUUGCAACUCCUAUCCCA